UGUGCUUCUGUAGCCAUACGACUGAACACAUUCACAUUUCAACUGGUCUGAAAUUUGAAUUAUAAAUUAAACACACUUAUUGUAUACUGCAAACAAGAGAGCAACAGAAUUUGCAACAGUGAUGGAUACUGAUCCGGAAUUCGUGCGCAACACCACACGCUCCACUUCCAGCACAGAGCUCGAAUCGCUGGGAGUGUCUGUGGAGCCAAUGGCUCCUGAAAUGGAGAUGGAGAUGAUUGGCCCGGUUAUCAAGCAUCCGCUGGAGCACACUUGGACGCUUUGGUACUUGGAGAGCGAUCGCUCCAAGUCCUGGGAGGAGCUGCAAAAUGAAAUCACUAGCUUCGACAUGGUCGAGGACUUCUGGAGCCUAUACACACACAUCAAGCCUCCAUCAGAGAUACGAUUUGGCAGCGAUUAUUCUUUGUUUAAGAAGGGCAUACAGCCCAUGUGGGAGGAUGAGGCCAACAAGUUUGGCGGACGUUGGGUCAUCACUACGGGCCGUCGCACCAAGCUGGAGCUGGACAAGCUCUGGCUGGAUGUGAUUCUAAUACUGAUUGGCGAGUCCGUCGACCACCCUGACGAAAUCUGCGGCGCUGUCAUCAACUUGCGUGGCAAGCAGAACAAAAUUUCUGUUUGGACUGCCAAUGGACAGAACGAGUCGGCAGUCAUUCAUAUUGGACUGAAGUUGCGCGAAAUGCUGCAUCUGCCGCCGCUCCAGAUGCAGUAUCAGCUGCACAAGGACUCGAUGACCAAGCAGGGAUCGACGGUCAAAUCGGUGUACUGCCUCUAAGCUGGCUGGCUGGCGCUGCCCCUCGUCGCGUAUGCCUAUGCCACUCCCAGUAUAUUCCAAAAAUCGUAAAAAACAAAAAAAUUCCUUGUUUAAAUUUGCAAUUGCUAUAAAUAUAUAGUGUUCUAUAUGAAAA